GCCUCGCCACAGAAACCUGAAAUCAUUUCUUGCAUUUAUUAUUACAACGACAUUCUUAAUUGUAGCUGGACGUCUGGAAGAGAACUACCCAGUGGUACAAACUGCUGGUUUGUUACCAUAGAAAACAAUGAGGAAAGUAAAACAAAUAACGGUACAAUGGAAAAUGGUUCAUGUAUAGCAAAAUACAUUCCAUUUAUGAGUGUUGUUAAACAAGUCAAAGUACAACUCGUUGGAGAAACAUUCAACUUGACUUCCCAACAUAUGAAAGAUAUAUUGAAACCUGGUCCUCCUGAAAUACUGAAAGUAGAAGGGAUGAAGGAAAUGCUAAGAGUUGACCUGAGAAGAAACCCAAAAGAACCAAGUUAUGAUCCUUUUCUAUGCCAGAUUUGCUACCAAGCCACAACAAAAGAUAUUUCUAAAUGCAUCAAUAUCCACAUUAAAAUACUUGAAAGAAAUCAAUCUUUAAAUCUCACUGGCCUGUGGAAUUUCACAAAUUAUACAGUCGCUGUUCGGUGUAAAGGUGAUGGGUUUGGUAAAUGGAGUGAAUGGAGCAACAGAGUAACAAACAGAACGGAAGAACAAGCUCCUUUGAAAAUAGACUUAUGGAGAGUAAUUGAAACUUAUCCUAAUGGAAACAGGAGUGUGCAUCUUUUGUGGAAGGAAUAUAAAGAAUUCCCAUCUUCAGGAAUAAUAACUGGCUGUAAAGUCAAAUACAGUGCAGAACACGUCAACACUACUUUUGAAAAAAAAUACAAUCAUAAUGAGCCUGUCAUUCUCAGCCUGACAAAGGAUGCCUACAAUAUCCGUUUUACUGCUCGUAACAGUGCUGGAUAUUCUCCUGAAGUUACUAUUAGAAUUCCAUCAAAACAUGAAGAAACAAUAGACCAAAAAAGAAUUACUCAUCUGAAGGCUUCUGCUUUAGAAGAGAAAGUGCUUUUGACAUGGGAUUCAACGAAUUCAGAAAUAAACGGUUAUAUUAUAGAAUGGCAUGAUGAGUUAGAGAAAGACCCAAACAAGCGAUCUUGGGAUAGGAUAACAAAUACCACAGAAUGGAUUUCCCACAAAGGAAUCUUUAAACACUUUAAAUGCUAUAAUUUUUCAGUAUACCCUUUAUGUAAAGAAGAAAUAAAAAAGCCAACUUCCAUCAGUAUCUAUUUCCAUGAAAGUGGUACGUAUAAAUGGUGGUCCUCAAGGUUAGAAGAAACUGUGGACAGCAGUAUCCUGAAGUACAAACUUAAGUCUUUGCAGCCCAAUACCUAUUACAGAGCUUGGAUUAAGGCAAACACCAUCAUGGGAGGAACAAAGGGAAAUGAAAUUCACUUUUUUACCAAACUACUUAGUACAACAGACAUUAUUCUUGCAACUGUCUUCAUUGGAAUAUUCAUGAUCUGCAUCUUGAGUUUUGGAUUAUUAUGGGCUCUAAAAUAUAAAAUGAUAAAACGAAUUUGCUGGCCUCAGAUUCCACAUCCUGUAAUAGCAUGUUAUCCUGCUGUAUCUCAGAAAAUCAUAUUGGGGAACUCAUUUUCUAAGGAUGACAUCAAUAUUUUGAAAAUGGAUACUUGCAGGGAGAAUGAGUUGCCAUUGCUGAAUCCCGAAAACUUCUUCAAACAAGCAAAUGUUACUGCAAAAAUUACGGUUGCUGGUCAAGAGACUUUUUGUACUGGAGAAUACAGAGCUCUAGAAUGUCUUCUUCCAGUAUCAUCUUUGAACCAUGACUUCGAGGAUCAAACAUUUCUAACUAUGAAAAGCGAUUCUGAAAGUUCUGCAAAAGAUGAAAUGCAAUAUCAGGAAUAUUUUCAGGAGAAAACUGAAUUCAAUUCAUAUUUGAAAAACUCUGUUUGCUCAAGAGAGUUCCUGGAUUGCAAAAAUGUAGAACAAAAUACAAAAGAACCUGAAACCCAACCUGCUUCUUUGGCCUGUUAUAGGGCUGGGGAUCCUUAUGUAGCACCAGAUACAGAUAAAUUCAAAGUAUUAAUUACAUAAUGAUUUAAAAAAAAAACUUAUGGGACAAUUGUGUAAUUGCUGUUUUACUAAAUAGUAAGCAUGUAAGUUCUGCAUGUUUUUUAAAAUUAUUGCAUAAAUUUGUUUCAAACUUGAUUAUUAGGAGGUAUAAAAUAUUCACAUCACGGGGCCAUGUUUCAUGCUUGCCGUUUCCUAAUAAAAUAUAAUGAUGUUGAAUAGAAAAAAAUGGUCUAAGAAACUUUGGAUAUAGAAGAAAAUGUUGUUAGGAUAGUAUCCAUCUUAUGAGAAGGAAGGACUCACUGGAGAAGAGCCCAGGGCUGGGAACGACUGAGGGCAAAAGGGGACCACAGAGAAUGAGGUGGUUGGAUGGAGUCACUGAAGCAGUCAGCGUGAACUUAAAUGGACUCGGGGGGAUGGUAGAGGACAGGAAGGCCUGGAAGGAACAUUGUCCAUGGGGUUGUGAUGGGUCGGACAUGACUUCGCGACUAACAACAACUAUCCACACAACCUUACCUUCUGACCCAAAAAGCUAGUUAACCAAUUGGUUAAGGCAUCAGGCUAGAAGCUAGGAGACCAUGAGUUCUAGUCCUGCCCUUGGGCCAGUCAUUCUCUAUCAGACCAGCCCACCUCAUACAGUUGUUGUGGAGAAAAUAGGAGGAGGGAAUAAUACUAGAUAAGUUUAUUACCUUAUGUUAUUUGUAAAGGAAUAAAAGCAAAAUAAAAUCUAAUAAAAAUAAAUUUGUUGGAUAUGCUUUUGCUGCAAAUACAGUCAAAGCUAUGCCUUCUUAAAUUUUUUUUGUUUCAUUAUUCUAAUCUAGUAAUCAAAGAUCUCAAAUACGGAGGGGAAAAUGAAGUCACAUAAUUGUCAGUCAGAACUAUUGAAGGUGUUGUAAAGAUUGGUAUAAAGGUGUUAUAGAAAUAAAAAUAAAUAUAAAUGUAUAAAGGCUUUGUAUCGUUUGUAUGUGUACUCAGU